AUGAGUUCGGGCGAAGCGCUGAUCACGGCGGAUCCCUCCAAGAAGCCGUCGCGCGUGCGCAAGGUUGCCCCGUUCCUCUAUCUCGUCGCGGGGAUCAUUGCGAUCAUUCUCUACGCCGUGCUCUCGCUUCCGCCACGGUACUACUCGGAAGACGCGCCGGCAUACAACAGCGCCGCCUGCAAUGCCUGCAGAGUAGCUCCGCGCGCCAAGAGCUCCCCCAUGAGCUGCCCCACUGCUCUGUUUCCGCAGCUCAAAAACACAAUGCAGUUUUGCAUCACGGCAGCGUCGACAUCGUGCUGCUGUCCUACCAACGCUCGUCGCUACGGCUUUGAGUACGACGGAAGCUGCCCACCACCCGCGUCACCAACGUGCACGUGCAAGUUUGUCGACGCCCGCGGGGAGGGUGCUAGCAUGUCCGACGGUCUCGUGAUGCUGGUUUGCAUUAGCUCUGCCAUUUUUCUACUGUUGUCGUUCACGGUCUGGAUGAUCUGCGUCUAUUAG